AUGCGAGACUGUGGAAAAGCGCAAACAACUCAAUAAUUACAAAUUUAUAAAUCAGAAAAUGAAAUUUUCGAGGUCUUUGCUUAAUUAAAAUACUUAGAUGAAUAAAUUUUUGGUGUAGUAAUUGAAAUUUUUAAAAAAGAAAAUAUUGAAGGCUGUCUUGAAUUUCUUUCAGAUGAGUUAAAUCAAAAAUAAAAUAUUUAAUAUCUAGAAAAAAUGGAGAAAGGAUGUGUAAUAAAUUAAAUUAAGAAAAUUACUAAUAUUCUCAACACAAUUAAAGAUAAUAAAUUUAAUAAACAGAAUUACUCGAUAGAUUAAUAUGAAGAUAUUAAAUAUGAUCUGAUAAUAAAAAUAUAACAGGAUAGAAAGAAUAUUGAAUUUCUAAAAUUUUUAGUUUGCUUUACGGCCUUCGAUGAGAGAUUCAGUUAGUGUGGAUCAAAUUCUCUUCAUUUAUUAGUUUAAAUGAAGGUUGAUUUGAGGGGAUAAUCUUUUGAAAAUAUCAGAAUUAGAAAUACUUCCUUAAUAGGAGCAAAUUUAGUAAGAUGUGACUUAAGUGGAUCGGAAUUCGACAAUGUCAUUAUUAGAGGAAUGAAUUUAAGUGAAGCAAAAUUAUUUAAUUGUAAGUGGAGUAAUCUAAGAAUAAAUGAGUUAAACACGUUAAAUGGCCGUGUUGCAGGUGUCAGUUUAGUUUGCUUUUCAAGAGAUGGCAAGUUGUUAGCUUCUUGUAGUGAUAUUUUUAGAUUGUGGAAUGUUUAAACAGGAAAAAGAAUGUUGGUAUUAAAAGGAAUAAAAUACGCUUGCUUCUCACCUAAUUCUACUACAUUAGCUUCUUGUAAUGGCCAAUUUGUAUGCUUAUGGAACCUUAAAACAGGGAAAAAAAUGGCGAAGUUAAUUAACAAAGUUUAUAUUUUAGAUGUAAAUACAGUUUGUUUCUCUCCUGAUGGUACUACAUUAGCAUCUGGAAUUUAUGAUCACUAUUUCUGUUUAUGGGAUGUUAAGACAGGAUUAUAAAAAGUUCAAUUUUAUGGCUAUAUUAAUUCAAAUUUAUCGUUGAGUUUCUCUCCUGAUGGUACUACAAUAGCAUCUAAUGCUUAAGAAGACAUAAUCCUUUUAUGGGAUGUUAAAACAGGAGAAGUAAAAUUCAAAUUUGAUUUUAAAACUGAUUCUGCUUGGAUUCGAUCUGUCUGUUUUUCUCCAGAUGGGACUACAUUGGCAGCGUGUAUUGGUCAUAAAUAUGUCACUUUAUUGGAUUUAAAAAGUAGAACAAUAAAAAAAAUAUUACAUGGUCAUUCUAAUUUUGUUAAUUCAGUUUGCUUCUCUUAUGAUGGUACUUCGUUAGCAUCUGGUGGUUCAGAUACUUAGAUCUUUUAAUGGGAUGUUAAGACAGGAUAAUAAAAAGCUAAAUUCUAAGUUCAUACUAGCCAUGUUAAUUCAGUCUGCUUCUCUCCUGAUGGUGCUAUAUUAGCAUCAGGUAGCAAUGAUAACUCCAUCCGUUUAUAGGAUGUUAAGGUAGGAUAAUUAAAACCAAAAUUAGAUGGUCAUUUAAAUUCUGUUAAUUCAAUUUGUUACUCUCCUGAUGGUACUACAUUAGCAUCUGGUAGCGCAGAUAAGUCUAUCCGUUUAUGGGAUGUUAAGACUGGAUAAUAAAAAGCCAAAUUAGAUGGUCAUACGAAUAAUGUUUGGUCAGUCUGCUUUUCUCCUGAUGGUACUACUUUAGCAUCUAGUAGUAGAGAUAACUCUAUCUGUUUAUGGGAUGUUAAGACAGGAUAAUAAAAAACCAAAUUAAAUGGUCAUUCAAGUUAUGUUUAUUCAAUUUGUUACUCUCCUGAUGGUACUACAUUAGCAUCUGGUAGUUAUGAUUACUCUAUCCGUUUAUGGGAUGUUAAGACAGGAUAAUAAAAAGCCGGAUUAGAUGGUCAUUCAGAUUGGGUUAAGACAAUUUGUUACUCUCCUGAUGGUACUACAUUAGCAUCUGGUAGCGCAGAUAAGUCUAUCCGUUUAUGGAAUGUUAAGACAGGAUAAUAAAAAGCAAAAUUAGAUGGUCAUAAAGGCACAGUUAAUACGGUUUGUUUCUCUCCUGAUGGUACCACAUUAGCAUCUUGUAGCGAUGAUACCUCUAUCCAUUUAUGGGAUAUAAAGACAGGAUAAAUAAAAGCCUAAUUAUUUGGUCAUUCUCAAAAAGUCAAUUCAGUCAAUUUCUCUCCUGAUGGUAAUACAUUAGCAUCUGGUAGUAGUAAUAACUCUAUCCUUUUAUGGGAUGUUAAGACAGGAUAAUAAAAAGCCAAAUUGGAUGGUCAUUCAAGUAGUGUUUAUUCAAUUUGCUUCUCUCCUGAUAGUACUACAUUAGCAUCUGGUAGUAGAGAUGACUCUAUCCGAUUAUGGGAUGUAAAAUCUAAACAACAAAUCUAACCUUCAUAUAAUCAUUAUUAAGAUAUUUUGGCUUAAUUUUAACCUUCAUUUCUUAAAAAUAAUGGUUUCCCAGAAAGUGGUACAAAUUUCUCACUAUUUUUUUAGCAACUUCUAAUAUUACAAUUUUACUAAUUUCUUAAAAUCCCAAUUUAGAAGCACAAGGAGCUCGAAUUUUGAAAGGAGAAUUUGUAAAUUAUUAAGGUGUAAAUCUAAAACCAUUAUUUGAAUUUAAAGGAAGUUUGAUUUUUGAAGAUUUAAUGAAAGAUAAAUAACAACAAAGUGAAUCGCAUUAAUGA